GGAAGGUUUGGAAGCUUCCUGUUUUUCUUUUCGCUGUAGUCUGUGUGUGGUGGGCCAUAUAUAGUAUAUACGUGCUCUUCUCUCGUUUUGAUUUUUCUCUUAUUUCUCAUACUACUUUACUUUACUACAGUUCGAUAUAUAUCUUAAUAUCCAGUUCGAAAGGCUGAGAUUGUGAUAACCCUCAUACAUACGGGCAGACAUCCUAUACACUUACUUUUCAUUGCAAUACACAACAGCCUAGUUCGAAACGUUUAUAGACUUCAAACUACUCUACAGAGACUCAAACCUCCUUUACUAGCUUUCAGAGACCAUCUUUAACGGUACUGGCGACGAGCCAGGAACCCCAAACACCCCCUUUCGCCAUGUCCGACGAAAAGACCACAGCGGCGGCGGACCUGGAGGCCCAGGCCACCGCCUCCUCCACCACCCUCCCCGCACCAAACAACACUCAUCUCGAGGUCGAGAAGAUCGAGGCCGCUUCCAUCGCCAGCUCAGAUUAUGAACAUAGCGAAGUCGAGGCCAUGGAUGCUGGGCGCCAGACCGAUUUGGCAAUCGAUAGAGUCAUGUCCCGUGGCUUAGUCAAGACCGCUUCCGAGGCCGGCACACUCAAGAGGACCGAGACGAAGAGCAGCAGGAUCACACGCGUACUAACCCGCAUCGCCACGACCAAAGAGAAGCUUGAGCCCUCCCCCAUCCCCGAGCAAAACCUCGACGAAGGCGUCGUAGGAUGGGAAGGGCAAGACGACCCAAAUAUGCCCCUCAACUUUCCCGACGGCAAGAAGUUCCUCCUCCUCUUCCUCAUCUCGGCCAUCACCUUCAUCUCGCCCCUUGCUUCCUCCAUGUUCGCCCCCGGCGUCUCCUUCAUGAACAAAGAAUUCCACAACACCUCCACUAUCCUCUCCGCCUUCUGCGUCUCCGUCUUCGUCCUCGGCUACGCCGUCGGCCCGCUCCUCCUCUCCCCGCUCUCCGAGAUCUACGGUCGUCGCCCCGUCCUCGCCUGCGCCAACGUCACAUUCGUGCUCUGGCAGAUCGGGUGCGCUCUGGCACCUAACCUCAACGCCCUGAUCGUCUUCCGCUUCUUCGCCGGCGUCGGCGGAUCAGCCUGUAUCACCAUCGGCGGCGGCGUCAUCGCCGACCUCUUCCAACCCGAGCAGCGCGGCUUCGCAUCCGCCAUCUUCUCCCUCGGGCCCCUCUUCGGCCCCGUCGUCGGUCCCAUCACCGGCGGUUUCAUCGCCCAGCGCGCCGGCUGGCGCUGGGUCUUCUGGGUCCUCCUCAUCGCCUCCGGCGUCGUCUCCUGCGGAAUCGAAUGCUUCAACAAAGAAACCAACCACCGCGUUCUCAUCCGUCGCAAAACCGAAGCCCUCCGCAUCUCCCUCUCGCGUCCCGAGCUCCGCUCCUGCUACGACUCCGCCGGCCCGCCUCUCCCUCCCCGCACCGUCCUCAUGAACGGCUUCAUGCGUCCACUCAAGAUGCUCACCAUGACUGUCAUCACCCCGCUCAUGUCCCUCUACAUGGCCGUCGUCUACGGCCUCCUCUACCUCCUCUUCACCACCAUCACCGGCGUCUUCCAGAAGCAAUACCACUGGGACCCCGAGAUCACCGGACUCGCUUACCUCGGCGUCGGCAUCGGAUUCUUCUCCGGCGUCGCUGUCGUCGCCAAAAUCUCCGACGCAACAGUCGUCCGCAUGACCCUCGCCAACGGCGGCGUCCGCGAGCCAGAGAUGCGUCUCCCAGCUUGCGUCAUGUUCGCCUGCUUCAUCCCCGUCUCCUUCUUCUGGUACGGAUGGACUGCAUACAAGCAGGUCCACUGGAUCGUUCCCAUCAUCGGCCUCAUCCCCUUCGGCUUCGGUAUGAUGGGUGUCUUUAUCCCGAUUCAGACAUACAUGAUUGAUGCGUUCCCCGAGUACGCAGCGUCUGCCGUCGCGGCAUUGACAGCGAGUCGGAGUGUGUUCGCGGCUGUGUUGCCGCUUGCUGCGCCGGCUAUGUAUGAUAAGCUUGGUCUUGGGUGGGGGAACUCGCUGCUGGGGUUCAUUGCGUUGGCGAUGAUUCCGGUGCCGGCGCUUAUUUUUAAGUAUGGAAAGAAUAUUCGCACGAAGUAUCCGGUGAAGCUGUAGGCUUUGGAUGGGGAUGUUGGUUACUUACAUACUCCUUUACGGAUUUUUUUUUGUUUUUUUCAGAGGCAUUGCGUGGUGUUUUGAUUUUUGGGAAAAGCUCUAGUUGAGCUCAGCCGGCGAUGAUAUCCAGCAAAAUUGUUAUGGGGUUUUGGAUAGAGGGGGUGC